GUGGGUUGGACAAAGGGCCGGUCCGUUCCGACUCUAACAUUACAUGAUUUGUCCAGAGGCUGCUCUGUUGCCCCAGGGAGCCUUAUCCUGGCAGCCUCCUCUGAGGAGGUGCCAGCCUCUGACCUUUGGGGUCACUAGCCUGACUCCUCACCUCACAGAGGCUCUAAGACAUUAACUGACUCAGGUACAAGGUCUUAUAGGGAAUAAGUGUUGGGCAGGAUUUGAACCCAGGCCCUCUGGCCCCACCUGCAUCCUUCUGUGAUCUUUUUCUUGCAGGAAGUGUUUUGAGCUGCCUCAGUGGCACCUGGUACCUCCCCAGAGCUCCUAGAGUUUGUGGAUAGAAUGAGAUAGUGUCUGUAAAGCACUGGGAGGGGCAGUAUAAAUGGAGGCUGUUGUCAUUACCCAUGUUUGUGUUGGGUUCCCCAGAGAUCCUAGGGAUUUUUGUGAUUAGGGCCCAGGUCUUAUCUAUUCGCCCCCCCCCCACUAGAUAACUGCUCUGUACAGUUACCCCAGGGCACCUUAAUAAAGUUUUGGUGAAUGAAUAAAGCCUUGUUUUGCAGCCCUCCUGAGGCUCGCCCUAGGAGGACAGACCCAAACACCAUGUUUCUGGCUCGAGUGACCUCUCAGCUAACUAGGGCCUUGCCCUGGGCAGUCCGAGAUCUGUCGAAGCCGGGCCCCACGAGGCCCCCUCAGGUCUUUGUGGCCAAGCGUUGCUGUUACACUACCUGGCCAGCAGGCAGGAACGGGCCAGCCUCCCAGCCCCAGGCCCGCAGAGAUCCAGAGCUGGAGGAGAUGCUGGUUCCCAGGAAGAUGUCCAUCAGCCCCCUGGAGAGCUGGCUCACCGUUCGAUACUUGCUCCCCAAGCCUGAGGUCCCCGUCCCUGGUCCCAGACCUGGAGCCGUGAGCCUGGCCUUGCUCUAUGACUGUCCGCCAAGUGAGGCCAAGAAUGGGGAGGAGCUGGGGGAAGGAGGUUCCCGCAGGAUCCCCAUGGUGCACUGCAAGAACGUGCUGAAGAUCCGCCGCCGAAAGAUGAACCACCACAAAUACCGUAAGCUGGUGAAGAGGACGCGGUUCUUGCGGCGGAAGGUCCGAGAAGGGAGAAGGAAGCGGAAGCAGAUUAGGUUUGAGAAGGACCUGAAGCGUUUGUGGAAGAAAGCGGGCUUGAAGCAGGCCCCUGAGGGCUGGCAGCCCCCCAAGAUCUAUGUGAAGAGCACCUGAGCCCCUCCCGAGUGUGUCUGCUGCAUCGUUUUAAUAAAUGUUGUAGAACCAGCA